AUGCACAGAUAUGUUCCCCAGUUCACAAAUUUAAUCGCAAAUAAAAACUCGACAUCUACAGGAUGUUAUACGCUAUUCCAUUCUGCCGUUUCUCCUGACUUUCUUUUGUCUCUUUCUUUUUCUUUCUGUCUUCGCUUUUCUAAUAUUCUUACUAAUUUUUUUUUCUUUCUUUCUUUUUUUUUUAUUUUCUCCCCAUUUUUUCUUUCUUUCAUCAUUUUUGUUUUUUUUCCUUUCUGUCUUCUUUUCUUCAUCGAUCUUUUUUCUUUCUUUUUUCUUUUAUAUCUUUUUUCUUUUCUUUCUUUCUUUCUUUCUUUUCCGUUUUAUUCCAUUAUUUAUUUUCCUUUCUUUCCUUUUUCCGUUUUUCGAUUUUUCUUUCUUUUUUUUUCUUUCUUUUUACUUCCUUUCUUCUUUCUUUCUUUCUUUCUUUCUCUCUUUCUGUCUGUCUAUCUUUCUUACUUUCUUUCAUCAUUCUUUGUUUUUUUCCUUUCUGCCUUCCUUCCUUCAUCGAUCUUUCUUUCUUUUUCUUUCAUCAAUCUUUCUUUCUUUCUUUCUUUCUUUCUUUCUUUCUUUCUUUCUUUGCUUUUCUGUUUUAUUCCAUUAUUUAUUUUCCUUUCUUUCACUUUUUUCCAUUCCUUUCGAUUUUCCCGUUUCUUUCUUUUUUCUUUCUUUAUACUUUUUAUCUUUUUCUUCCUUUCUUUCUUUUUUCUUUCUUUCUUUCUUUCUUUCUUUCUUUUCAUCUUUCUUUCUAUUUUUUUCUUUCAUCAUUCUUUGUUUGUUUCUUUCCUUUCUUUUCCUUCCUUCAUCGAUCUUUCUUUUCUUUUUCUUUCAUCAAUCUUUUCUUUCUUUCUUUCUUUCUUUCUUUCUUUUGCUUUUCUUUUUAUUCCAUUAUUUAUUUUCCUUUCUUUCCUUUUUCCGUUCCUUUCUUUUUUCCUUUUCUUUCUUUUUUUCUUUCUUUUUACUUCCUUUCUUCUUUCUUUCUUUCUUUCUUUCUUUUCUUUCAUCUUUCUUUCUUUUUCUUUUUCUUUUCAUCAUUCUUUGUUUGUUUCUUUUCCUUUCUGCUUUCCUUCCUUCAUCUUUUCUUUCUUUUUCUUUCUUUUUCUUUCUUUCUUUCUUUCUUUCUUUCUUUGCUUUUCUGUUUUAUUCCAUUAUUUAUUUUCCUUUCUUUCACUUUUUUCCAUUCCUUUCGAUUUUCCCGUUUCUUUCUUUUUUUCUUUCUUUAUACUUCUUUUCUUCUUUCUUCCUUUCUUUCUUUCUUUCUUUCUUUCUUUCUUUCUUUCUUUCAUCUUUCUUUCUAUCUUUCUUACUUUCUUUCAUCAUUCUUUGUUUGUUUCUUUCCUUUCUGCUUUCCUUCCUUCAUCGAUCUUUCUUUCUUUUUCUUUCAUCAAUCUUUCUUUCUUUCUUUCUUUCUUUCUUUCUUUGCUUUUCUGUUUUAUUCCAUUAUUUAUUUUCCUUUCUUUCACUUUUUUCCAUUCCUUUCGAUUUUCCCGUUUCUUUCUUUUUUUCUUUCUUUAUACUUCUUUUCUUCUUUCUUCUUUCAUCUUUCUUCCUUUCUUCUUUCUUUCCUUCCUCUUUUUUUUUCUUUCUUUCUUUCUUUCUUUUUCUUUUUCUUUCUUUGCUUUUCUUUUUAUUCCAUUAUUUAUUUUUUCUUUCCUUUCGAUUUUCCCGUUUCUUUCUUUUUUUUUUCUUUGUACUUCUUUGUUCCUUUCUUUUCUUUCUUUCUUUCAUCUUUCUUUCUAUCUUUCUUACUUUUCUUUCUUUGUUUGUUUUUUUCCGAUUUUCCUUUUCUUUUUCAUCAAUUUUUUUUCUUUCUUUCUUUCUUUCUUUCUUUCUUUCUUUCUUUCUUUCUUUGCUUUUCUGUUUUAUUCCAUUAUUUAUUUUCCUUUCUUUCACUUUUUCCGUUCCUUUCGAUUUUCCUGUCUCUUUCUUUUCUUUUCUUUCUUUUUUACUUUUUCUUCUUUUUCUUUCUUUCUUUCUUUCUUUCUUUCAUCUUUCUUUCAUUUUCUUUUCUUUUCUUUUCAUCUUUCCUUCCUUCCUUCAUCGAUUUUCUUUCUUUUUUUUUCAUCAAUUUUCUUUUCUUUCUUUCUUUCUUUCUUUCUUUCUUUCUUUGCUUUUCUUUCUUAUUUAUUUUCCUUUCUUUCACUUUUUCCAUUCCUUUCAUCUUUCUUCCUUUUUUUUUCUUUCUUUCUUUCUUUCUUUCUUUCUUUCUUUUUUUUUCAUCUUUCUUUCUAUCUUUCUUUUUUCUUUCAUUCUUUGUUUGUUCUUUUUCCAGUUCUUCCUUCAUCCCUUUUCUUUCUUUUUCAUCAAUUUUCUUUCCUUUUUUCUUUCUUUCUUUUUUUUUUCUUUCUUUCUUUUCUUUUUUUUCUGUUUUUUAUUCCAUUUUUAUUUUCCUUUCUUUCAUUUUUUUUCCAUUUUUCGAUUUUCCGUUUCUUUCUUUUUUUUUCUUUUUGUAUUCUUUUCUUCUUUCUUCCUUUCUUUCUUUCUUUCUUUCUUUCUUUCUUUCUUUCAUCUUUCUUUCUAUCUUUCUUACUUUCUUUCACCAUUCUUUGUUUGUUUCUUUCCAUCCUGCCUUUCUUCCUUCAUCGAUCUUUCUUUCUUUUUCUUUCAUCAAUCUUUCUUUCUUUCUUUCUUUCUUUCUUUCUUUCUUUCUUUCUUUCUUUUCUUUCUUUCUUUGCUUUUCUGUUUUAUUCCAUUUUUAUUUUCCUUUCUUUCUCUUUCCUUUCUUCUUUUUAUCAUUCCUUUCUUCUUUCUUUCUUUCUUUCUUUCUUUCACCUUCCUUUCUUUCAUCUUUCUUUGUUUGUUUCUUUCCUUUCUGCCUUUCUUCCUUCCUUCACCGAUCUUUCUUUCUUUCUUUUUCUUUCAUAUUCCUUUCAAUUUUCUAUCUAUGAUUCUGCCUUUUCUCUUCUCUUCUCUUCUCUUUCUUUCUUUCUUUCUUUCUUUCUUUCUUUCUUUAUUGCGUCUACGCACGGGAUAUACCAAACUGAACUCGGCUUAUCUCUCUUUUCUUCUUCUUCUUCUUCUUCUUCUUCUCUCUCUCUCUCUCUCUCUCUCUCUCUCGCUCUCUCUCUCUCUUUUUUUCUCUGA